CAGCCGCCGGGGUACCCGGAGCCCGGCGCGGAGGGCUGUAAGGGGAAUGUUGGCGGUCUCAGUCUCCUGGCCAUACUGCGCCUCGCUCAGCUCCGCUCCUCGGCCACAUCGGGGGUGGGGGUGGGGGAAGGGAUCGCGUCCUUGUCACCCCGCUAGCUAAGGCUUCCGUUCGCCGCCUGCUCCGGACCCGAUGCGGCAGACGCCACGGGACAGACAGAAGCGCGCUGCGGAGAGCCCCGCACAUGCCUCUGCGGUGACCGAGCUCGGGCCUCGGCAGCAUGCACAAGUGAAGCAACAGCAAAGCCCCUCAUCGUGGAUUAUUUCCAGCAUCAAGACCUCCACAUGUCAGCAGGAGGCUCCUGAGGCAGUCCACCCUCCUCCAACUCUCCUCGCUACAUCCUUCAGAAAGAGAGGGUCUUCAGGAAACACACCCUAGAAGUGCAGAUUUAUUUACUAAUUCAUGUAUUUGAACCAUCGUGAAAGACCUCUGCAUAUUCAUCUCUCCUCGCUUUGGACCCUGUUUCAGGCAGGCCAGUCAUGAAAGGGUACCUGGUGGCCAUAUUCCUGAGUUCCAUCUUCCUCUAUUACGUACUAUACUGUAUACUGUGGGGAACAAAUGGCUAUUGGUUCCCAGCAGAAGAAAUGAGGACUAGAAACAAUGUCAAUAAUUGUUUUAAAAAGCCAGCUUUCGCCGAUCUUCUGAGAUUCCCCCAGCUUUACCCAUUUCUGUGUAGAGCUGACUUUGAAAAGGUUGCUGCCAUGUCCGGUACCAAUAAUUUUCUGUUGCCCUAUGGAAUAAAGAACUACGAGACAUAUUUCAGCUCGGCCCUUUCAAAACUGCAGAGUUGUGAUCUCUUUGGCGAGUUUGACAGAGUGCCAUGUAAAAGGUGUGUGGUGGUUGGUAAUGGAGGAGUGUUGAAGAAUAAGACAUUAGGAGCAACAAUCGACUCCUAUGAUGUAAUAAUAAGAAUGAACAAGGGUCCUGUCUUAGGCCAUGAAGAGGAAGUUGGGAAGAGGACCACCUUCAGGCUUUUUUAUCCAGAGUCUGUCUUUUCAGACUCCAGUCACUAUGAUCCCAAUACCACAGCAGUUCUCAUUGUGUUUAAGCCACAGGAUUUAAGGUGGCUGGUGGAAAUACUGCUAGGUAAAAAAAUAAAUACUGAAGGGUUUUGGAAGACACCAGCCUUAAAACUGAUCUAUAAACAAUACCAAAUCAGAAUAUUAGAUCCAUAUAUCAUCAGAGAAGCAGCUUUUCAAAUGCUCCAUCUUCCUAGAGUAUUUCCCAAAGAUCAGAAACCCAAACACCCUACAACAGGAAUUAUUGCCAUCACAAUGGCAUUUCACAUAUGCAGUGAAGUGCACCUCGCUGGUUUUAAGUACGACUUUUACAGACCCAACAGUCCCUUACACUACUACGGGAAUGCCACCAUGUCUGUGAUGAAGAAGAGUGUGUAUCACAACGUGACCGCAGAACAGCUCUUUUUAAAUGACAUUAUAAAGAAAAAAAUGGUCAUCAACUUGACUCAAAAUUGACCCCACGGAUCCGAAAGAUGAUGCUAAACAGUAUUAGUUUUAUUUUUGUACUGCAAAUUUUAGUUUAUUUUUAAAUAUAUUGGAUGAACUUAUCAAA